UGGGUUGUAAUAGUGGUUGUAUUACAACAAAAUCUUCGUCAGAAGAAUCAAAUAAUGCCAUGUGAUGCGCCAUGUUGUUUACUACACUCUGGCGUUUCAGCGGUGCAGCGAAAACGAACAGACUUCUUCAUUGCACUUUUGCACUGAACUGAACUAUUCUGUACUAGUCUUUCCCAAUGCGGUUCAGUUCAGUUCAGUGCAGUUCUAGUGCAAUCUCGCUACUGGUCUUUCGACGAGCGACAGUGCUGCUGCUGGUGAGCAAUGCGUGUAGCUGAUUAUAGCGUGCAUUCAAACUUCAGACGGGCGAGUUAUAAAGGAAGCGCAUCGUGGGUGGUCCAGCGCGAGGGAGCACGAUGCGUGUGUGGUCCGGCUGGUUUUGUACGCUGCGACUGUCGCCGGCAACCGUAGAAGAUGCGAGUAGCUCCGUCCGAGCAAGACACAAACCUUGCCUCGUGGUUGAACGAGAUUGUCUGCGAGAACAAUGACGUCAACUCACGAGCCCACGAAAAUGAUAUUUGUACUGGUUCUCUGCUGCUUGCUGCUUCAUAGGACAUCUUUAGAACUGGAGCACAAGUUUAUAAUCAACAAUGAAGCUGAAAAUAAUACAGGAAAGUAUAUGGACUUGGGGCCUCGACAAAGAAUCAAGGAUUCCAAUUAUUUGCUGGACAGGUAUCCCAUAGAUAUGUCAUCGGGUGAUAUGAAUUGUCGCAGACCUGCUAAAUGUAUUCCUCUGCAAAAAAGCAUUUGUAUGGGAAUGAAAUUACCAUAUACCUAUACUACAUUGGAUCUGAUACCUGAACAUGUAACUCAAAGCAUUAUAGAGGAAAGAUUACAUUUGUUACAAGCCCUGAGACAUGUGCCAAAGUGUUGGGCGGUUGUCCAACCAUUCUUGUGCUCCAUAUUCAUGCCGAAAUGCAUGAACAACAUGGUUGAAUUGCCAUCUCACGAAAUGUGUAAGACAGUGUUGGGGCCAUGCAGGAUGCUGCUCAAUCACACGAUAUGGCCAAGCUUUGCGAAAUGUGACGACACUGAACUGUUUCGACGCUCGUGCAAGAACGACAUCAGAGAAUUGAAAUUUAACAUAUCAGGCAAGUGCUUGAAACCCCUCGUGCCCACCGAUAAUUCCCUGUCGAUCUUCGACGGAGUGGAGGGUUGUGGUACACAAUGUUACGACCCAAUGUACACACCUGACGAACACAAGCAGAUACACUCAUUUAUCGCAUGGGCCGCGGGCAUCUGCUGUGCUUUCAAUUUAUUUACCAUAAUAACAUUUCUGAUAGAUUGGAGAAGCGCAAACAAGUAUCCAGCCUUGGUGAUAUUCUAUAUAAACUGCUGCUUCAUGGUGUCCUGCAUCGGCUGGUUGGCUCAAUUUACCUUCGGCAAGGACGUGAUCGUAUGCCGCAAGGACGGUACGCUGAGAAUAAGCGAACCAAGCGGGGACACUCAGUAUUGCACCAUAACCUUCAUUCUCGUGUAUUAUUCUCUAAUAGCAGCUGUGGUGUGGUUCGUCAUAUUGACGUAUGCCUGGCACAUGAGUUUUCAAGCGCUCGGCAAAAUAAAAGACCGUAUAGAUAAAAAAGGCGCCUAUUUUCAUCUGAUCGCUUGGUGUUUGCCGAUCGUCUUAACGGUUUCGAUCAUGACAUCAAGUCAGAUUGAUGGUAACAGCGUGACCGGAAUAUGCUUCGUAGGUUACGCUAACUAUAUAGCGAGAAUCUCGUUUGUGCUUGUACCGGUAUUCGUCGGUUUACUAGUAGGAGGCUAUUUUCUAUCUAGAGGGCUCUUCACGCUGAUUAGGUUAAAAAUAAGCAGUCGAGAAAUCAUGUCUGAAAGAGCAAGCGCGAAGAUACGGGAAACCAUCAUUCGAAUGGGACUGUUCUUCAUAUUUACUUUGGCAGCGGUCGGUGUGACGUUUUAUUGUCACAUAUACGAGUAUAUGCAUUCUUGGCAGUGGCGGCAAAGUUUCAGAAAUUACAUGGUAUGCGCGAUAACAACCAAGUAUUCAGACGAAUCCGAGUGUAAAAUGGACACAAGGCCUAGUGCGGGAAAGAUGCAGUUGCAUCUGCUCGCGCCGUUUUUCGCCGGUAUACUUAUGUCUUCGUGGGUUUGGACUAGUUCGACGGUCGAUACGUGGUCCAGAUUCCUGAAGAGGACGCGUCUUUUUUGUGUAUGCAGGACCUUCAACUGCGAGAUUGAAGAGCCAAUAAGACUGAAGAAGCACAAAGUCAUCGCGCAGGCCUUCGCGAAACGAAAGACGUUCAACAACGCCGGACGGCUGUCCAUAAGUUUCCACAACACACACGAGGAUCCGGUCGGGCUAAAUUUCGAACUCAACUCUGUAGCUUCGCAAGAUUUCAGCUCCACUUGGGCAGCCGCUCUGCCUAAGCUGGUCACGCGAAGAGGCGCAUUGGUCGGCAGCACUACUGGAUCUGUGUCUAGCAAUAGACGAAAUUCGGUGGACUCUGAGAUCAGUUAUAGCUUCCGAUGCGUCUCUAUGGAGUCUAGACGCGACUCUUUGGAUUCACAAAUAUCCGUGCAGAUUGCGCAAGUAAAGACCACGCGAAAGGUCGCCGGCCGGCCGAAUGGCCGCCGUGGUAAAAAUAGAAGAGACUUUAGGAAAUCCGGAAAAUCUAGAUCAGAGAAGAAGGUCGAUCCGCACUCGAAGAGAGACAGCACUAUUUCUCAAGACAGCCAACAGGUGACAACCGGUGGACAUGUGCCGAUUCAGUUGCCCAAUAUGGGUAGGCGACUGGGAAACGCCGGAUUGGACGAGCGAGCCCUGAUCAUCGAUGAUCGUGGUCCGAAGGUCAUCGACACAAAGAAUGCGGGUAUGAUGUUGCCCUUCUUGUUCCCCAGCAGCGACGAGAAUUUAAGCAGCGACGAGAAGGGACAUCAGGACGCUGUAGGCAUCGACAUAGAGGUCGACAAUGUGGAGGGGGAGCAGGACAGCGAUGGCGAGGACAGUCCACCGAAGGAAGAGGUUAAGAUGUUGAAUCCAGAGGAUGUGCACGAACGUAGCAAAAGCAAGAGCGGCAGCAAGAACUGCAAGACCUAUAGUCACGAGAGCGAUCGGAGAAACCGGGAGAGUCACAGGAGCAAUUACGUUCUGCAGGAUGAGGUGAUCUUGAAACACCUGCUUCAGGAAAGCAGUGAUAUCAAAAUGAAGAACAAAACCGAGAAGAAAGAUAUGUAUAGGAAGGCCGCAGUGGGCGACUUGGCGUCUAGUCUCACCUCGUGCUGCCCGGAGCUCACCAGAUUGAUGGUACAAGGCGACGCGCAAAUUGGUAACGCUAGAGAAAUAGCAACGCAGACUUCGCUGCCGCUCGAAAUACUGGAAAUGGAGGAAUUGAAGCAGAGCAUCGAUGAGAUCAUCAACAGUAGACAUUGCAGCUGCAAGGGGACUCAGAUCUCGCCGUUGUUAAAGAAAAGCAAAAAUGUCGUGACAUAAAGACUGAAUCUGUUUCUUCUUAUUUCUCUCUCUCUCUUAAGUGUAUAUUGAGAAAUGUGCAUAUAAUUAGGUAGAUGCUAUAUAAUUGUUUAUUGAACUAAUGACGUUUCGCCCAGCUAAGCAUAGACAAGCUAUACCUUAUUUUUACUCGUUUUCGUCGCGAUGUGCUUACGUACAAUCGCUGUAGGAUGUUCUGAACUAAAAAGUGAGAUCAUGUGAUAAUGAUUUUUACUGGCUGUUGUUCGAUUCGUAUACAUAGGAUGCGGUGACGAAACUCCAAUAUAUCGAAGAGUACCAGCUAUAAUAAUGCCUGUCGGUAUUUUCUGUACAUUUUUAUUAUCGUUAAAAUACUAGUCAAAUCUCAACACGAUAUCUCAUUUGUUGACAUCUCGCUUUGAGCGCUAAGUAACACGACGCGUCUACGGUAAUGUGGUUCUAAAUGUACCCAGCUGCAAGUAUUAUUCUUUCGCCGAGAAAUCGAAACUACGGUGUUCCGUGCUAUCUUUGGAACGUUCGUUAGAAUAUCGUAUCGAACACCUAAUGUCAGUAAGAUAUCUUGUUUAUACAUACAUUUUUUUAACAGCUGAAUAAAACUCGUUUUUCAUCAUUCUCUCAAGUAUUAUAUCAUUAAUCUAGUUUCUAAUAAAUUAAUGGCUAAUCCGGUAGACGAAAAUUAUCUGUUUACUACGUACUGCUUAACGCAAUAUGGUGAUAAUCACGCUCGCAGGAUGCAAAACAUCGAACGAUCCUCGUUGAUAAUGGUAAUGAUUAAUAGACGUUAUUCGUCUUAUAACUGUCACAUUCCACAAUUGGGAAAAAUUUCUAGAGAUUACAUUUUGCUAGAUAUUUGUGACAAAUGUCUCUACUAAAGGACACUAUUCGUUAAGCUACGUUUUUUUUUAUACUCCUUGUACUUUAUAUAUAUAUAUAUAUAUAUAUAUAUAUAUAUAUAUAUUUCAUAACUAUUAUCAAUAUAUGUCUAUAUAUAAUAUAUGAAUACCACAUUGUACGUAUCGUAUCUUUUCCCAUAUUUGGUUCUACCGCUCUCUCGAUAUUUUAAUUUUGUGCAGCAUAAAACUCUGCUGUACGAUGAUAUGUAAUACCGAAAUGUGUAUUACUUUUACGAAAGUAGCGCUGAAACUAGUCGCCGAAGAAAGUCCAGGCUGAAAUCCGGCUCAGUGUUUAAUUUAACUUCAAUCUCAUAUGACAUCUCCACGUGAGAGAUGCAUACAGCGCGGACAAUGCAUUCCUUCAAUUGUUGAUGAAGUAUGCUCUGAUUGGAAAGGAUUCCUUGGCACAAAAGAAUAUCGAGGAGAGAGAUCUGUCCGUUGAACUUAUUCGAUAAAACCUAUAGGAGUAUCGACGGCAAUGAAUAUUAAUCCUUAGGCCUCUUACAUAUCACUGAAUGGAGAUCGCCGAAUUGAGAGGUUAGGCCACUUUGGACACUUCCAAAAAUCGAGAUUUCUUUUGGUGUUUAAAUUAAUGUUUAUAGUCUUAAAAAUAAUAUACAAGUGGUCUGAUUUGAAAAUUUGCAGUAUUUUGCGAGUCACAGCUUCUCGAUUAAUGUCGCGUAUGAAUAGCGAAAUGAAUAUGUUCGAACGCCUGGAUGAUCAAGACAUAGAAAUUUAUGAAGAUUUAAGCAGAAAUGAUUUAUUUGAAUGUUAUUUAGGUAGAUAUACCCUAAAAUAAUAAUAUAUACCUAUAAAAUAAUAAGGAAAGCUUCAAUUCUAUAAUUUGGAAAUGUGCCCUCAAAACAACGUUCAGAGUCGCUUAGAAGUAGUUGAAGUUGCGACACAAAUCGCUAUGAGUAUUUUUAAUGAAGGCAAUAACAGCAUAUUAUUAUUAAUACACACAUUGUACCAACUAUCGAACCAAAUGCGCAAAGUGUAUGAUAAAAAGAAGACGAAAUCUGUUUGCGUCUUGCCGAGGAAUGACGACGGAGCGCGCCAAAAGAAGUUAACACAGACAGCAAUAAUUGGCUUCCAAAUGAUUCGAUAACAGAAGAAGAAAAUCCAUUGUAUGUGGUGCAGGCAUUGCCGAAUAAAAGCAUGUAAUAUAAUAAGAAUAUAUUGAAAAGCUUUGAACGUGUUUAUCUCGAAACCAUAUUUCUCAAACUGGUUCACACAAUAAUUCAUAAACUACUCGUUUAAUUUACAUGUAUAAUACAUCUAAAUAUUCCUAAUUAAUAUUUUUGCACUGAUGUAGGAGUUUUUCGGAACAAAGUAACAGAUCCGUUUUAAUUGGCAAAAAACUACGAGAACGAAAAAAAAACAGUUUUUCUUUAAACCUGUAUCAAUUUCUUAUUUCAUCGAAUUUCCAAAAUCGACUACGUUAGUGCAUAAACAAAAAGUGUUUUAAAUUUUUUCAAUAAUUUAAUUUCAGAUCACUCUGCUCGGAGAAAACGUAUAUAGACAAGGUAAACGUAUAUAAAACAGUCUAAGAAAAUUCGUCUUAUGUAAUAGAUUUAAUUACUACUAAUAUAUAAACAAUGUCCAAACAUAAAUAAUUGACUUUUAUACUUAAAAAUUCUAUUUAACUCAUAUAUUUAAUGAAUUCUACCUUGUUUUUACUAUUAUUUCAUUUCACUAAAAUAAAUUACAAAAAAUGGACUCCGACUUUUCGAACGUCCAAGGUGGCCUGACCCCUUGAACCGUAACAGCACUAACCGAUACCGAAACAUACGCAUAGCGGAAAUAACAUUGAAGUGCUCUCCAGUAAAACCUUGAUAAAACGGUUUUCCGCGCGGUCACGCGCGAGGAACGUGUUUGUCAAAAUCCACCUUCCGUAAACACGUAUACCAGGUCGCGCCAAGGCACUUCUCACUAGUAGCAAGAAGAUGUUUUCGGCGAUGUCAUCUUCGGAUGGGCGGUACAUUAGAGAUACCUAAGAUUUCCCCCAUCUGUCUGGCGGCUGGUUUCUACGUUUUCAAAUCCAGAUCCACGCUCUCAGUUACCGCUACACAUUUUUUCCCUAUACUCGAUACAAAUAUAUCUGGACUUUAGUUCGGUUGUGCGAAUAUGCGCCACGCGUCGCGUAUAUUUAUAUAUGCAUAUAUUACACACGUAUCCUCUCCGUGCACCACGUUAACUUUUUUAUUGGUAAAAACAAUGAUAUAAUAAGUCGUUCGCGCUACGAAAGUAUAAAAAUAAAUGUUAUGUCGUGUGGCGGAAAGGGAAA